CUCCGACGCAUGCGCAUUGCCUCAGGAAGCCGGCUGGCGGUGGUGUAAACAGACGCGUUCGAAUGGAGGGGACGUUUAAACCGUCAUCUGGGGGCUGCCGCGCGGGGCCAGGGUUACUCAUGGUGGAUGUAUUGAGGCGUUAAAUUAUGCAGAAAGCCUCAAAGAAGAACAAACAGGCAGUUACUUCAUGUAAAGAACUGACCAUCCUUCCUCCAGCCAAGGAAAAAGAGGAAAAUCGGGAGGACUUUGUAGAGCUGCUGCCUCCAGAAGUCAGUUUUAAAAUUUUCAGUGAACUGGAUAUUCAGAGCUUAUGCAAAGCUGCAAUUACAUGCAAGAGCUGGAAUCAUGCAAUUGAGAACAGUGACCAUUUGUGGAAACAUCACUGUUUAAUUGUAAGAGCUGUCUGUCAGCGAGAGAUAGACUGUGAUCGAGGAAAUGGAUAUUCAUGGAAGGUCACUCUACUGAGAAACUACUGGAAGAGCAAAGUGAAGCAUGAAUGGCUAAGUGGAAAAUAUAGCAACAUUCACUCACACUGUGGCUUACCAGAAAAAAUCAUGUAUCCCAUGGAUGCUGAUACAUGGGGAGAAAUACUGGAAGCAGAACUGGAGAGAUAAGAAACUAGACAUGGAUCUUAAAUAGCAAGAAAUGGCACAGAACUGUUUUUACUGUAAAUAUUUAGCCCUUCACACCAGUGACAUUUGCAAAUAUGUAGUAGAAACUUCACUGGAAAAAAUGUAUAAAUACAGAGUUUAUUUUUAUUUUGCACUUUAUCAGAACAGCUUGUUGUAAAAACCCUAAAUGAGAUAUAAACUAUACAAUGUAAUUAUUUUUAAAGAUCUGCUGUACUGUUCAACAGAUGUUAAGUCUUGGAUUGACUUUUCAUUGUGCACUUUUUGAAAAAAUAGAAAAAAAAAGUUUU